CAGAAGACACUUCUUGGGCAUUUUGGCAGCCAAGAACCAGCUUCUUGUGCAUGUGUGUGUGAUUGACCUUUUUGGUUUCUUGUGCGUGGUUGAGCAAAGCUGCUAGUGCUCAAAAGACUUCACGAGCGCCAGAACGUGAGGUGAGACAUAUUAUGGCCCGACAAAGUGUGCUUCUGCGAUUAUGCUAUGCAAGCUACUUGCUGCUGCCUGCGAUCUUGCAGGGCUGCAAAAGCUCUGAUGAUGGCAAAGGUGGCAAGGCUUCCUGUGGAAAGGAAGACCUGCUGUGCUUGUGCAAGGCGGAUUGCGAAUCAACAUGUCACAAUUUCAACAUUACCAAGAUGGCAGAUGGCACAGAGUGUGCCAAGUGCAUGACUUCAAAAUGUGCAGAGGAGGCCAAGGGACUUUGCCCACAGGACCGAGUCUCGCUUUGUCACAACUGUAUCACGGAUGGUGCUUGGUGCUGGGCCACAACAUGGCCCACUUGUGUGAAGCAGUGCUUGGAAUGGCAGCUCAGCUCAGCUGCUCAGUUUUCUUUAUGUUCGCGAUUCCAGUGUUUUCAUGCAAGGUGGGAUCCAAUUGAAUGCACACAAUGCUGGCUGACGAAUUACACGUCCACCUGUCUCGGAAAAUAUGACCAUUGCUUCGAGUCUCAAAAGCCAAAUCCUUUGCUGGAAUGGUUGUUCAAAGAGAACAGUUUAAAUCUGAGUUGAAGAGAGAGAGAGAGAGAGAAAGCGCGUUUCAAAUACAUUGCUGUCCAGGCCAACUGAGGGCAUCAUACUUGAUGGCAACACCUCUGAAGAUAGUACAGUCGUUGUUUGAGCAGCUCAGCAUGGGUUCAGCGAAUUGCUGCCCAGAACAGCCGCCAAUUUGAAGCGUUUUAAGUCCCGAGAGGACAGAAACUGAUGUUCAGUGACCUCCAUCAGAAUCUGGACACAGUUAAGUGGCGACAGAUGCCAGGAUUCUGCUUGCGAGUGUGCAACUCGGUCUCAAGGCGAAAUGCAAUUUUGCUUCAAGCUCUGCAAAGGCAAGGUUGCAAAGCCUGCAAAGCUUUGGGGAUCGGUGCGUGGAAGAUUGGCCCGCAGCAGUCGCCCGCAAAGCCUUCACUUGAGUCCA